AACAAUAAAAGAGUCCCAUAAAACACACCCAAACCUUUACAACUCCAAUCCCAACAACGUUAGUACUCCUCCACUUUCAUAACCUUAGCCCAACACCCAAGCCCUCCUGCUCAGCCACAGCCCUCUCAGAACCCGCAGAAGGCCAUGGCGUCUCUCCAUCAUCAUCACCACCACGCCACCACUUGCUGCUCCACCUGCUCUUGCAGCCAGUCCUGCCAUCUGCCACCACCACUGCCCCAACAAUCUGACCCUCUUCUACAAGCCCUUGCCUCUCUCCUCCUCCAAACCCAACUCCCACCCCAAGCCCCCCAACCCGAACAAAAUCAUUGUCUAAAUCAAACCCAUUUUCUCAAAAUAUUUCAAGAUCAAAGCUCUGCCAGUAAAAAACAUCACUUUCACCCGAAACAACACCACCAACAAGAACCCAACUUUCUCCUGUCUUCGCUUCUCAGCCGCAUCAAUGCUCUUGAAUCAUCACUCCAUCGCUUCUCCAACACUUUCCAUUCUUACCCUUCUUAUUCUCUUAAAGAUGCAGCUGCACGUGUCAUUCAAACCCAUUUCAGAGCCUUCCUUGUUCAUAGAUCAAGAACACUUAGACAGCUCAAAGAUCUUGCGUUUAUCCAAUCAAGCCUCAAUUCUCUCAAACUCUCAAUUUCAAACAAAACCCAUUUUGAUUAUGAAGCUGUUUGUCAAAAAGCCAUGGACUUGCUUCUCAAACUUGACUCUUUUCAGGGUGGUGAUCCAAUGAUUAGAGAUGGAAAGAGGUCAGUUCGUAGGGAUUUGGUUCGGUUUUUGGAAUAUAUCGACGGGUUGGCUUUAAAAAGGCACAAGCACUUGUAUAAGUAUGCAAAAAAUGUGACAGUUUCGGGGAAUGGCAGUAAAGCUAGGGUUUUGAGGUCUAAUUCUGGAGAAACAAUGAAGAAAUUGAGAAAAAGAGUUGAAAAGGUUGAGAGGUUUUCUGGAAAUGAAGAGGGAGAUGAAGAUGAUGUGGAGCUUGAAGGAUUUCGUCAAGCUAUUGAUGAAGGAGAGAAUCCCAGGAUUUCUACUAACGGAAAGGUUGGUGUUUGUGUCACUCAAAAUAGAAAUGGUGGGGUUUUGGUGAAAAGACAAGGGAGUCAACCAAGAGUGAAGAAAACUGUGAGCUUUGCUGAGAAUGGGAAUGUGUAUAGGAUUAUUAGUAGUGGAAAUGAGGUUAGUUCAUGUGGAGAUGGUAGUUUAACUGAUGAGAGUGUUUCAAGUGAUGAUCAUGGAGAGAUAGUGGAGAAUCAUUGUAAAGAAAGUGGAGUGUUGGCUGAGAAUGAGGAGGAAGUGAACUUGGAUGAUGAAGAAUCCUUGCAGAGCAGUGAUGCAGAGAAGAAUACCAGGAAGAAUUAUAUGAUCAGACAGGCUAGAAGUGAGAUUGAGGGGGAUUAUCAGAUUCAAGAUGGAGAUUUUGUGUUUUCUGCUCCAUUGCCUGUCAAGAUGGAAUCAAAAGCCGAUUUGAUGAAGAAGAGGAAGGGUACUCUCAAAAUUGUCUCAUAGGCAGCACCAUCAUGAGGGAUUAGAUCUUUGUUGGUUCUUCCACAUUGUCACUCAAAUCGUUAGUUGCUAUUGAUGAGAAAGUGGGGGCAGCGGCUGCUAUCUAUGGCUUUGUUUGUACUAGUAAUAUUUUUCUCUCCCAUUGGGAGGACUGGCUGUUUUGUGACCUGCCCCUGAUUGAGUGUUUAAUUUUAGCUGAACUGAAUUAUCAUUCUUUCCUAGUCUUCACAAGUAUUCUUCCAUGUUAAUUUUUUUCUUCUACAUUUUCCUUUAACUAGUAAGAUAAGAGUGCUGACUUAAGAAUGUUGAUACAAUUCAGUACAUUUAAAGA